GUAUUUAUUACAACAAAAAUGUCCAAGUUUUCAUAGCUGACGUUCUGUAGACAGACCUUCCUUAUCCCAGUGUUGUCCAUAAUGCUCCCAGAGCGAGACAGACAGCAGAGGGGGAACGAGCGAACUUGCACCUACGGCCACAUUGAGCGUAGGCAGUUCCCACAGGUGGGGCUGCACAGAGGAGGUGCUUCCUGUUUCACAAAUUUUUUUUCUUCAGCGUGAGCACCAGCUAACUGUCACUCGUCACCGGCACCUUGCUGCCUUCAUCGUCUCGCAGCGGCUGAGGAGGAGAGAGUGUCGUGGGAGAGAGAUGAACCUGCACAGGACAGGGGUCCUGACAGUCCUUGUUCUUGUCUUCCAUCCUGCCGAAGCCAUGGAUAUUAUGGACCCCAGAAUCUGCUACGUCCUCGAUGGCCUCCUGAUGCUGUACAGCAUCAUCAUGACAGCGCUCUUCUUUAAGGCCAAGUUUGGGACCCAAAGCAUUUCAAAGGAAGAAGGCAUCUAUUCGGACCUAAAUAGAGCACCUGACACCUACGACCAGCUGAGGGGUGCGAACGACCUGGAGAUCGGGACAAUGCAGCGCCAGAGGUCAGGCAAUGAUGGCGUUUACACGCCGCUGCAGAAAAAGGACGAUGACACUUACAAACAGAUCACAGGGAAUAGAGAGCGUAAGAAAAACAAGAACGAACAAGUGUACCAGGGCCUGACCGGAGCCACCAGAGAUACUUACGACGCCCUGCAGAUGCAGCCCAUGCUCCCUCCCCGCUAAAGCGCAGGACCCCCAGGCUGUCCUUCCAAAGGGCUGUAGCCGUAUUCACUGAGCCCAAAGCCCCCUUAUGGUUUUUGCAGAGCACAGGAGGACGGUUGGUGAAAGAUCAGGGUACAAGUUCAUUAAAGCUAAAAAUUAGGCAGAGUGGCUUCCUGGUGUAUCGAUCUGCUCGGUAUUAUUUGUUUAGUAAAAGGAAAUGUUAGUCUUAUGAUGAAGAAAAAUAUUUAUAAUAGCAGAAAGGGUUUUUGAAAGUGUUUUUGAAGAUUUGGUGCAUUUGGAAGUUACACAAAAGACCAAAAACGAAAUGGUGGUUCACCACACGUUAAAGUCGAUCGCAGCUGCAGGAGCGUCACCAGCUUUGUGGGUGCCAGCAAAGGGCUGUUUGACGUUUACAGUAACCUCCCUGAUUUCAGCUCUGUUUCUAAAUAUCCAGGUAUCAUACACCAGUUUUACAAGAAAAGGUUAUUCCUGUCUAAUCACUCUUGGAAGUGCUUAGGUACCAACAUGACAUUUUUAAUGUACAUAGUUUUAGCUCAUUGUUUAGUAAUAUUUUAUGUUUAUUUGCAUUAGGAACAUCACAAAAAGUGUCAAAAGUUUUUAAUGUACUAGAGGUUGUAGAUAAAUGGAUUACUUGAAAUCCAAAGUUAAGAUUUUACUCUGCGAUUAACUAUCAACCCAGUAAAGAACCUUUUUACUAUAAAACCUGCCUAUUUCUGAAAUAUCCUCAUUUAUUUAAGUACUCCCUGGGUUACAGACGAUCUUUUUAUCUGCUAAAAUUAUUUACAGACUCAUUGUACAAAAUAAAGGAGUUUCAUUACA